GAGCGACGGCACGGUCAGUCGGCAGCCGGACAGGGAAGAUGGACGCAGCCACUUUGACAUAUGAUACUCUCCAGUUUGCUGAAUUUGAAGAUUUCCCCGAGACCUCAGAGCCUGUUUGGAUUCUGGGCAGAAAAUACAGCAUUUUCACAGAGAAGGACGAAAUCUUGUCUGAUGUUGCAUCCAGACUUUGGUUUACAUACAGGAGAAACUUUCCAGCUAUUGGGGGAACUGGCCCUACUUCAGACACAGGCUGGGGUUGCAUGCUUCGGUGUGGACAGAUGAUCUUUGCCCAGGCCCUGGUAUGCCGGCACUUAGGUCGAGAUUGGAGAUGGACUCAGCGGAAGAGACAGCCUGACAGCUACUUUAAUGUCCUCAAUGCUUUCCUCGACAGGAAGGACAGCUACUAUUCCAUCCAUCAGAUAGCGCAAAUGGGAGUUGGCGAAGGCAAGUCUAUAGGCCAGUGGUACGGGCCGAACACUGUUGCCCAGGUCCUCAAGAAACUUGCUGUAUUCGACACAUGGAGUUCCUUGGCUGUUCACAUAGCAAUGGACAACACUGUGGUGAUGGAGGAAAUCAGAAGGUUAUGCAGGGCCAACCUUCCCUGUGCUGGGGCAGCUGCACUUCCUACUGAUUCAGAGAGGCACUGUAAUGGGUUCCCUGCUGGAGCUGAAGUCACCAACAGGCCAUCGGCUUGGAGACCACUAGUGCUUCUCAUCCCUCUCCGCCUGGGACUGACAGACAUCAAUGAGGCCUAUGUGGAGACGCUGAAGCACUGUUUCAUGAUGCCCCAGUCUCUGGGUGUUAUUGGAGGGAAGCCCAACAGUGCCCACUACUUUAUUGGCUACGUUGGUGAGGAGCUCAUCUAUCUGGACCCCCAUACUACACAGCCUGCAGUGGAGCUGACUGACAGCUGCUUUAUCCCCGAUGAGAGCUUCCACUGCCAACACCCUCCCUGUAGGAUGGGCAUUGGAGAGCUUGACCCAUCCAUUGCUGUGGGGUUUUUCUGUAAGACGGAGGAAGACUUUAACGACUGGUGUCAGCAAGUCAAAAAGCUAUCCCAGCUUGGAGGUGCCCUGCCCAUGUUUGAGCUGGUGGAACAGCAGCCUUCCCAUCUGGCCUGCCAGGAUGUCCUGAACCUGUCCCUAGACUCUUCUGAUGUAGAGAGACUGGAGAGGUUCUUUGACUAUGAGGAUGAAGACUUUGAAAUCUUAUCCCUCUGAAAAUCCUGGGGUUGGGGGAUGGCCUCCAUGGCCCUCAUUGGGGUGCUUUGAGAACCCAGACCUGCCUUGGGCACUCAGUGUCACCGCAUUCCAUCCACCCAGCCCAUCCCUGCCAAGUGCUGUUCACCUGUGCCACCUCUGUCCCGAGGGCCUGCUCUGCUCAUGGACCAAGGACUGUGGUGCCUGGAGGCCUUAUUGCUUGGAGUCAGACUGCCUAAACCCAAACACAAAGGGAGGGCCUGUCCACAUGAAGUCGCUCAUCAGAAGGCCUAGUCAGGAAGAGCAGUGGGUCAGGAGCUUCCAGAAUUCUCCACUGGAUUCUGACACUGCCAGCCCUGGUCAGCACAUCAGCUUUGGUUCUGCUUUCUCCUGGGCACCUGGGUCUGUGGUUUAUUUGGAAUUAAAACCCUGUUUGAAGUUGUUUAAAAAAAAA